GUAGGGGUGGAUGACGACACGAAGGUUUGAUCGAAGUCGCGGCCAUCUUGCCUAGGAGAGGACCAAAACUUUCAGAAUUCCCGGCUCUCGUAUACAAGAUCGGAAUACACAAUCAUAGUAGAAAUAACGACUGCACAAGAAAUGAGGUCUGCUUUAUGUAAGGGCUAAGUUUAAAGACUGGUUCAAGAGAGUUCACGAUAAGUUUAUUUUAGUUUGAAUGUGUGAAUAACAGGAGCACUUAUUUGUGCUAGUCCAACAGUGCAAAUAUGCCACCACCCCCACCCCCACCGGGUCCCCCUCCACCUCCCUCUGCCCCAUCAGGACCAGUCAAGCCUCCUCCAUCUUCUAAGAACAGGGGAGCCCUUCUCAGUGAUAUACACAAAGGUGCAAGAUUAAAGAAGACAGUGACAAAUGAUAGGAGUGCACCUGUAGUAGCCAAUGAAAAGAAAUCUAGUAGUGGCGGAAACCUCAGCAGCAGCAGUAGCAGUACUGGUGGCGGUGGUGGCUUUAGUGGCGGGGGAGGUGGCAGCAUGGGUGGUGGAGGUCUUGGGGGUCUUUUUGCUGGAGGCAUGCCCAAACUUCGCCCUGCAGGGGAGAGGAAAGCUGCUGGUGCAGGACCACGAGGACCAGCACUGAAGCCCCCAGGGUUCCGAACUACAGCGCCACCUCCAAAAAACUCAUCUCCUCCGCCACCAUUCGGUGCACCACCCCCUCCUGAUAGAGGUGGUCAGCUUGCAAAAAAACCUUCUCAGGGGUCAUUCCCCCCUCCGCCCCCAAUGGGGAAACCUCCUCCUCCUUCUGGCAACAAACCCACUUUUGGAAAUUCGAGAACAUCAACAAAUGGUCCACCACCCCCUCCACAUAGCAGACAUGGGAGUGCGCCACCACCUCCAGAGCGUUCCUCCGGGCCACCACCACCCCCUCCUGGCAGAGGGCCUUCUCAGCGUUCUCUCGCACCGCCGCCGACUGGUUCUUCAAGACCACUGCCAGCUCCACCACCUGGGGAAAACAGGCCACCACCCCCAAUGCGGGGUCCAACUUCUGGAGGAGAACCACCACCACCAAAAAAUGCUCCUCCCCCGCCAAAAAGAGGAAGUUCUAACCCACCUCCUCCCCCGACAAGAGGGCCGCCCUCGAAUUCAUUUACGACACAAGGACCACCUCUGCCACCAAGUAGAGACCAAGCUCCUGCCCCGCCCCCACCAUUGAAUGCAACUCCACCACCGCCUCCCCCUAGUAGAGACCAGGUACCAUUACCACCCCCUCCACUAAGAGGUCAGAUAGCCCCUCCGCCACCUCCAAUAUCGAAGCCGCCAACCUCGACAAGGUCAGCUCCUCCUCCACCACCAGGAAGGGCACCACAACCAUUAGGUGGACCCCCACCACCUCCGCCAGGUAGAAGGCCACCCUCUGGCAAGAUAAAUCCCCCACCUCCGCCGCCACCUGCAAUGGACAAGCCAAGCUUUACUAAUGGACCAGUAUCUAAUAAUAUUAUGGACUCCAAAAAUUCUUUUGAGUGCAGAUUCAAUUUUAGAACCUUAAAUGAGCUUCCACCGCCCGAGCCUUACCAAGAUACACCUAAAACAUAUCCUAGUAAAAACCAACAGAAGGCAAACAGAGGUAACCCAAGGCCUGCUUCAUCAUCCAGAGGAGCACCGCCACCCGUACCACCCUCGAGAGGGCCACCGCCCCCUCCACCACGACAAUAGCAAUGACAAUUUGGUUGUAGAUUUGUUUAUGAAUUUGAUAAGAAAUGAUGGGAGGGAAUAUUUUAGUGUCACCUACAUGGUAUUGAUUAUCCUGAAGAGAGUAUUUCAUCUUGAAAGAGAUCGAUAUAGGUGACCAAAGGCAGUGAGUAGCCUCUAUUUUGGCCUAAUUACUGCAAAUAAUUAGGUUUUUGUGAAGUUUGUAUGUUUUAUAUUGCUGUGAUUAUAAAAUAGGUCUGGUGAAUGUUUUACCAGCCAGUAAAUACUCAUGAAGUUAAAUAAAUACAACAAAUUACAAA